AUGAUUUCUUUCUUUAUUCUUUCCUUUCCGCUUCUUUUCUUUUCUUUCUACAACUUUAUCAUUUCUUUCUUUCUUUUCAGCCAUUGCUUAUCUUUCCAUAAUAUUACUAUUUCUUUUUCGUUCUUUCUUUCUUUCGUUCUUUCUUUUUCUUUCUUCUUUUUUCUUUCUAACUUUUUCUUUCUUUCUCUCUCUUUCUUUCUUUCUUUCUUUUUCUUUCUUUCUUUACUAUCUCUUUCUUUCUUCUUCCUUUCUUUCUUUUUCUUUAAUUUUUUCUUUCUUUCAUUCAUUCUUUUUUUCUUAUUGUAUUACUUUUUCUUAAUUUUUUCAUUCUUUUUCUUUCUUUUUCUUUCCUUCGUUCUUUCUUUCCUAUUCUUCUUUCUUUCUUUCUUUCUUUCUUUCUUUCUUUCAUUAAUUCCUUCUUUUAUUACGUCUAUCCUUCCUUCUUCUUCUUUCUUUCUUUCUUUAUUUUCUUUCUUUCUUUAUUUUCUUUCUUUCUUUUUUCUUUCAUGCUUUCUUUCUUUCUUUUUCUUUCCUUGUUUAUGCCUUUCUCUUUUCUUUCUUUGUUUCUUUGUUUCUUUGUUCCCAUCUUUCUAUAAUAUUAAUCUUUCUUUUUCUUUCUUUCCUUCUUUCUUUUUCUUUCUUACUUUUUCUUUUUCUCUCUUUCUUUCUUUCUUUCUUUCUUUUUCUUCCUUUCUUUCUUUUUCCCUUUCCUUCUUCAGUUAUUUCUUUUCUUUAAUUCUUUCUUUCAUUCUUUCUUUCUUUUUCUUUCUUUCUCUUUUUCUUUUUUCUUGCCUUCUUUUUCUUUCUUUUUUCAUGCUUUCUCUCUAUUUCUUUCCUUCGUUAUUUCUUUCAUUUUCUUCUUUCUUUUCUUCUUUCUUUCUUUCACUCUCUCUUUCUCUACGUCUUUCCUUCUUUGUUUUUCUUUCUUUGUUUUUCUUUCUUUCUUUUUUCUUUCAUGCUUUCUUUCUUUUUUCUUUCUUUAUUUCUUUAUGUCUUUCUCUCCUUUAUCUUCCUUUCUUUUUUUCUUUGUUCGUUUGGAUUUAUUUUUUAUUCCAUUUUUCUUUCUACAACUUUGUUAUUUCUGUCUUUCUUUUCUUUAUUAUUUGUGUCUUUUCUUUCUAUAACAUUAACGUUUUCUUUUCAGACAUUUCUUCUUUAUUUCUUUGUUUAUUCCUUUCAUUCUUCGCAGAUGCCGAGCCUUUCUCUUUCCCUUAUUAUAUAUCUCGAAACGUUUGCCUUCGUUCCUUGUUUUUAUCUAUAUUGUCUCUCAAUUCAUUCCUUCUUGUCAUUCAUAUCUAUCUAUCUAUCUAUCUAUCUAUCUAUCUAUCUAUCUAUCUUUUUGCUCCGUUCUUCACUAUUCUUCAUUCACUUCUUUUGUUCUCUAAUAUUCUUCAUUUUUGUUCAUUUUUUUCUAUUUUAUUCUUCAUUCUUUUUAAUUCCCUACUUUCGUUCUUCUAUUUUUUCAUUCAAUACGUUCGUUCUCGAUUCUUCAUUGCCAUAUUUCAUUCUUUAAUAUAUCUUCAUUCUUCUAUUUCGUUCAUCACUGUUAUUUAUUUCUUGAAUAUUCUUCAUUCUCUUCUUUCAUGUUUUUAUAUUCUUCAUUCAGUAUUUCUAUUCUUCAUUCUCAUAUUUGCUUCACUAUUCUUCAUUCUGUUUUCGUUUCUCACUAUUCUUCAUUCACUACAUAUGUCCCUCCCAUAUUUCAUUCACUAUUUUCUAUUCACUUCUGCCGUUCUUUCCUUCAUUCUCAUCUUUCGUUCACGAUUAUUCUUCAUUUUCCUAUUUCUUUCUUUAAUAUUUCUGCUUCCCUUGAUUCGCUUUUCAAUAUUCUUCAUUCUUUUCUUUCUCUUAAUACGGACUUUUUUUUUCCUACUUUCUUUUUUUCUUCUUCGUCCGUUACUUUUUCGCUCUUUCUCUCCUUUAUUUUCUUUUAUCUUUUUCCUGUUCUUUUCUUUUUUUUUGUUUUUUAUUGUUCUUUUUCUGUCUUGUUUCUCGUUUUUAUUUUUCCGUUUCUUUUACAAUAUUUCCUUCUUUUUCUUCUUCUCCCUUUUUUUUUCGCUCAUUCUCUUCUCUAUUUUCUUUUAUUGUUUUUCUAUUCUUUCAAUUUUUUUCUUUUUUAUUUCGUUUUUAAUCUCUUUUUUUCUUUCUUUCUCUAUCUUCUUUCUCGUUUUAUUUUUUUUUUCUUUUCGAUUUUUUACUUCUUACUUUUUCUUCUUCAUCCGUUUCUUUUUCAGUGUUUCUCUUUGUAAUUUUCUUUCAUCAUUUUUCUAUUCUUUGAUAUAUUUUCUUUUUCUUUUUUAUUUCUUUUUUUUAUUUCUGUUGUUCUUUCCUUCACCAUCUUGUUUCUCUUUUUCACUCAUUCUAUUGUUUAUUUUCUUUUAUUCUUUUUCUAUUCUUUUAAUUUUUUAUUUCGCUUUUAAACUCAUUUGUUAUUUCUUUCUCUAUCUUGUUUCUCUUCUUAUUUUUUCCUUUACUCUUUCGUUUUUUUUACCUCUCUCUUGCAAUCCUUCCUUUUCUUUCUUUUUUCUUUUUUUUCUUUUUUACUUCUUUUUCUUUUCUCUUCUUUCACUUUUGCUCUAUCGUUUUCUUAACUUUUCUUUUAUUUCUUAUCCUUUUCUAUUUUCAUUUUUCUCUUCGUCUCUUUUUUCAAUUAUUUCUCAUUCAAUUCUUCCACACCCUGCUUUGCUCAUAAAAUCACCCAUACUCUCAACACGAAAUAUUUUCCUCCUCCUUACUCCUGAACCUACAUCUCUCUCUCUCUCUCACAGACUCUCUUUCUCUCUCUCUCUGUCUCUCUCUGUGUCUCUCUUUCUUUCUCUCUGUCUUUUUUCUCUCUCUCUCUCUCUCUUUCUAUCUCUCUGUCUCUUUUACUCACUGUCAUUUUCUCUCUCUAUCUUUAACUCUUUCUCUCUCUCUUUUUCUCUCUCUCUGUGUCUCUCUUUCUUUCUCUCUGUCUUUUUUCUCUCUCUCUUUCUAUCUCUCUGUCUCUUUUACUCACUCUGUCAUUUUCUCGCUCUAUCUUUAACUCUUUCUCUCUCUUUGUCUCUCUCUCUCUCUCUUUGUCUCUUUCUCGUUCUCUCUUUCUCUCUCUCUCUCUCUAUUUCAUUUUAG